UGACAGGGUCGGGGGCCGUCGCCGCUCUCUGCUCAGCGCGGUGUUUCCAUCCCGCCGCCGCCGCCGUCGGCCCUCACGGCCCCCUCAGCCCCCUCCCUGCGAACCUGCCGCUUCGCCCCGCCCCCACCCCGCCCGUGUCCCCGCCAUGGCUCGCGCGCGGGGACUGCUCGCGGCGGUCGCCCUGCUCGGGUUUUUACAGGCUGCUUCUUCAUUUGAGGUGAAAGAUUCAAGUGGUAAGGUCUGCAUAAUCGCUGAUCUGACAGUGGCCUUCUCAGUGGAAUACAAAAGCAGUGGGCAAAAAGAGUAUGCACACUUUUUUCUUCCACAAAAUGCGACAGUAGAGCCACAGAGCUCAUGUGGUCAAGGUAACACCUCUCAUCCAGUUCUGGUGUUGGGUUUUGGAGCAGGACACUCAUUAAGCCUGAAUUUCUCAGAAUCUUCAGACAAGUAUGAAGUUGAAGAGCUAGUUUUCCACUACAAUCUGUCAGAUGCCGCUUUAUUCCAUAAUUCAACUGCAGGAGAAGUGAAGAGAGUGUUGCGUAAAACUACUAUUCAGGCAUAUGUGGGCACACAAUUCAGAUGCAUCAACUCCAAGCAUGUCAGUAUGAAGAAUGUGAAUAUUACUUUUAGCAAUGUUACUUUGGAAGCCUAUCUCACGAAUGGCACUCUCAGUACAAACAAGACAGAAUGUGCUGAAGAUAUGGUCUCCACGACUGCUGUAGUGCCUACAACUCCGAAACAGACCACUAGCCAGGUUCCAACAACCAGCCCAGCACCAACUGCAUUGCCUCCAAAUCCUGCAGUGGGUAAAUACAACGUGACUGGUCCGAAUGGAACCUGUGUACUUGCCUCCAUGGGUUUGCAGCUUAAUAUCACCUAUAUAAACAAAGAUGGAAAGAUGGGACUGGAUUUGCUGAAUUUCAUACCACGCAACACAACUUCUUCUGGAACAUGCGACAAUACGUCUGCCUUCUUGAAUCUGACUUUUGAGAAAACAAACGUUAUCUUCCACUUUGCACUGAAUGCAAGUUCUGAAAAAUUCUUCCUGCAAGGUGUGACUGUGAGCACAACUCUGCCUUCUGAAGCCAAAGUUCCAAGGUUUGAAGCAGCAAACAACAGCAUGAAUGAGCUGAGAGCUACAGUAGGGAACUCCUACAAGUGCAGUGCAGAGGAGAAUCUCCAGGUCACAGACAAAGCCCUUGUCAAUGUGUUUAAUGUUCAGAUCCAGGCUUUUAAGAUCGACGGAGACAAAUUUGGGGCAGUGGAAGAAUGUCAACUGGAUGAAAAUAACAUGCUGAUCCCUAUAAUAGUUGGUGCAGCCCUUGCUGGUCUUGUUCUAAUUGUCUUGAUUGCUUACUUGAUUGGCAGAAAGAGGAGCCAUGCUGGAUAUCAAACCAUUUAAUAAUGACUUGCACUAAAACCCAGUGUAGAGGAAAAGCAAUUGCAAGAAGCUGGGAAAACAAAAACACCCCACACAUUUCCCCUGAGCUACGAUUGAUAUUGUAAGGGAGCACCUUUUCUUGCAAAUUGC